UCCUGCUUUGCUGCCCCCUCGGCCAGGAAAGCGCCCCAGGAAAGCACCCCCAAGCGGGAGGGAAGGAGCAGGGCGGAUAUGUACCAGUUCACGGCUGGGUUACGGUCCUGGGGCCCUGGAAAGCAGGCGCAUUAGGAGCGUGGAGCGUGACGAGCACCCGUGUCCUCUGAUUACUGCCGGCAGGUCAGAUGGGCUCUGCCCGCCGGGCACAGGGGCAGCCGGGGACAAUGGCCGCUCAGAGGAGCCUGCCCAGCUGACAGCCCCGAGGACGUCUCCUGCUGAGCGGGGGAAAUAGCCGUGGAGAGGCAGCGGGGAUAAAUAGAGGUCCGCAGGCACAGCACGGCGUCUCCCCGCGGCUUGCCCCGCAGCAUGGCGUGCCAAGCGGCCGGCGAGGAGCUGCCGCGCCCCCGCGGCGGGGACAUGCCGCGCCCCUGCUGCAAUGGCUACAGCGAGCUGUUGUCGGCCGAGAUGCGCCGGGCCCUGGUGCAGUGUCGCCCGGAGAAGCGCAGCCGGGAGGAGGCGGCCGAGGGCGGCGAACUGCCUGCCUUGGAGGACGCCUACCUGAGCAUCCUGGAGGGGCUGGGCGAGAACCCUGCCAGGCAGGGGCUGCUCCAGACGCCCAGGAGGGCUGCCAAAGCCAUGCAGUUUCUCACGAAAGGCUACCAAGAAACCAUCGAGGAUAUACUCAAUGAUGCAAUCUUUGAUGAAGACCAUAAUGAAAUGGUGAUCGUUAAGGAUAUUGAUAUGUUUUCCCUUUGUGAGCACCACUUGGUACCCUUCUUUGGCAAGGUACAUAUUGGAUACUUACCUGUAAAGAAAGUGGUUGGACUAAGCAAGCUUGCAAGAAUUGUUGAAAUCUUUAGUCGAAGACUGCAAGUUCAAGAGCGACUUACCAGACAGAUCGCUCUGGCAAUUACUGAGGCUCUGAAACCUGCCGGAGUGGCUGUGAUUGUAGAAGCAUCGCACAUGUGCAUGGUUAUGCGAGGGGUUCAGAAAAUGAACAGCAGGACUGUCACCAGCACCAUGCUCGGAGUCUUGCGAGAAGAUCCAAAAACCAGAGAGGAAUUUCUUACACUGAUCAAGAAUUAAAUGGAAACAGCUUCCCACUCACUGUUUGUUGGCUCUAACAGUAAAACCAAUUGCCAGAAACUAA